ACUUAUUUGUAGGUAUCUUGGUUCUUUCAUUUACUUAUUGCUUGUACCUUGGCUUCCAACUUCAGCUCCCUCGAUAGUUGGUUUACAUCAAACUUUAUCGCAGAGCUCCACCUAUGAUCGCCUGAUCAAAAUCAGCACCAUGGCAUUGGCUGUAGCAAAUUCAAGCAUGUAUCUCGUGAUCUUCAUGAUUAGCAUGUCCUACCAAUGCAUCGCUCUCCUCGCUUCCGCAAUACCCACCAACUACACUGCUUCUGACAUGCUUGUUACUUCUGUUCAUGGCCGCCCCGUUACCAACACCACAGUGACCAUGGCCGACGGUGUACCAUCCGUAAACUUCUUAGAGCACGAGGCACCUCUCUUGUUACCCCCGAGCGAAUCCAAAGGCUGGGCGGCAGUUGAUGAUUCGAAUCCGGCCACGCAUCGUUACAGAGUUCUUACUAGUAAGGCUCCUAGGGAAGAUCCGGUAACCUGUUCUGCCCCUUGCAGAGGUAAUUGCACAAGCCAAACGGACAGAGUGAGUCCUAGGAAUCACCACAUCCCUUCUCCUUUUGUUCCCCCCGUUGCCUCAAACGGUAGCACAGCUGAGCGGCUUCCUUCUAUCCGCCGGCGAGUACAACGAAGAGUGCACCGUCGACACAAGAAGAAAGUUGACACCAUCAAAGUAAGGAAACUGCUGGGUGUUUAUCACCAUCCGACGAGAUUACAGAGUGAGCCUACAGGCUCGAGAGUUACCGCCGUAGCUGUAGGUUCUGUGGUGUCGGUCUUGCUCUGUGUCCUUGCAGGGCUUUUGCCGUGGUGUAUGUGUCGCAACUCGGCAACGGCAGCAUCUAUCGACUCGGAGUCCAUCCUGAGGCCUGAGCUACUCCAGCAAGCAGCAGGCCCUGGCCGAUACAACUACUGCGAGCUGGCAGCCGCAACGAGCAAUUUCGCCCAGAGCAAGAGGAUCGGGCGAGGGGGGUUCGGGUCGGUCUAUUGUGGCUACCUGGAUGAGCAGGACCGUCAUGUGGCAGUCAAGAUGUUCUCCAUGGAAUCGCUAGACCAAGGGAGUAUGGAGUUUGAGCACGAGGUGAAGAUCAUGAGCCAGCUCAGGCAUCGGAACGUCGUCCAGCUCCUGGGCUGGUGUGAUUGCCGGAAAGGGCUCUUGCUUGUCUAUGAGCUUGUGCCUGGAGGCAGCCUGGACAAGCGUCUCCAUGACCCUGAGAAACUGUUAACCUGGCAAGAAAGGUACAAGAUCGCACUUGGCCUAGGCUCAGCCCUACAAUACCUCCACAUGGAGUGCAACCAAUGUGUCAUGCACGGCGACAUCAAACCAAGCAACAUCAUGCUUGACUCGUCGAACAACGCCAAGCUAGGCGACUUUGGGCUAGCACGGCUUGUUGACCAUGGAGCAGAACCACAAGCAACGCAGGUAAUAGCGGGGACCGUCGGGUACAUGGACCCUGAGUUUGUGAGCAGCCAGAAGCGCGGCACAGAAUCAGAUGUCUAUAGCUUUGGCAUUGUGCUUCUUGAGAUCGCCUCUGGCAUGCGACCAGUGGCUUUGGGGCAGCCAGCAGAAGCCUCCGUGCAGCUGCUGAGACGCGUCUGGGACAUGUACGACCGCAACUCGAUCCUUGAUGCCGCAGAUAGAAAGCUCGGUGGCGAUUUCGACGGACACCAGAUGGAGCGCGUGCUUGUGACAGGUCUCUGGUGCGCGCAUCGCCACAAGAGCCAGCGGCCGUCCAUUGAGCAAGCCAUGGUCGCCCUGCGUCGUUGUGAAGAUGAUUUUGAGUCGCCGGUGGUUCCGGUUCCACUUCCGGCCAUGCAUUGGUCCGACUCAGAGCAAAUACGUUCCUUGGAGGAACAGGCAUAUGGCGACCUGCCCACCGGGAGCUCCAGUUCGGCAUGCUUGUCUGCUGCUACUGUUUAUCAUACGCUUGAGCACUCGUCUCAUCUUCAGGUACUCGACAGGAGGCAACUCUGCCUUGAAAGAAGAACGUACGACCAAGCCAAGGCUAACAAAGUGGCGGCGGGGCUUUAGCUUCGACUUGAUGAUGCAGUCGUGAUCGAAAGGGAUAGGAUAUUUGUUGCUUGUGCGAUGUGUCAUGAGAUUAUCAUUAUUUUCGGGGUUUUUUGUCGGUUUCCGCAUGGUAAAUUGUAUUACAGCACUACUGCAGAA